AUGGAGCUGAAGGACGACCAACCAAGACCUGGAUCAGCAGAGGACACCAUGGGAGGGCUCCACCAUGUAUGCACCAUGGAGGACAAAAGUAAGUCCAAAGUUGUGAUCAUUUGUUCAACAAAAGCCUCCAGAGAAAGUCAUAUUUUUAUAAAAACUUAAACUUUUGUUUUUGUUUUGUCAGUGGUACUUACUGUUUCAUAUCCUCCACCUGAGCGUCGGGGUUCACCUCUGACGGAGAAAGUAAGUACAAACUUUUGUAAACAAGCUUAGCUAACACAAGUUUUCACACAGAUCUUGUUCAACAAAGGCCUCUAGAGACAUUCAUAUUUUUAAAAAACUUGAACUUUUAUUUUUGUUUUGUCAAUGGUACUAACUGUUUCAUAUCCUCCCCCCUCCCACAAUGAGCGUCGAGGUUCACCCUUGACGUGGAAAGUAAGUACAAACCUUUUUAAACAAGCUAAGCUAACACGAGUUUUCACACAGAUCUUGCUCAACAAAGGGCUCUAGAGACUGUCAUAUUUUUAAAAAACUUUUAUUUUGUAGUUUAAACAGUUUAAAUAAUCAGAGACUUAAAAUGAGUGACUGAAACACUGAGGAGUCGAUUAAUUGGGGUUUCUUCAUGCAGUCAUUAUAAUUUGAAGAGUGUUUGUCAGUGUUACUAACUGUUUCAUAUCCUUUUUUUCCCCCCACCUGAGCGUCGGGGGUUCACCCCCGACGAAGAAAGUAAGUACAAACUUUUAAAUCUGACAUGAAAUCAUCCAGAACUUUUCCCUAAAUGAUUUUUAUCUUACUUUUUCCUCUCCUCUUUCUUUGUCUCCUUAGCUCUUCCUGGACACUGAGGAUGAAGAAAGUAAGUACAAGCUUCUGCAAAUGUCUUUAUUUUAA